AUGUCCGCUAAAGCGCUCGCGAUACCUUUGCCUGACUUUAUAGAGGACACAGUAUCUGGCCAGACUGAGGAGACAAAUCCGUACGUGAAGGCUGUCAACAGAAUUACUGACACUGUGGUUUUCAGAUUAACACGGCCGAUCCUACUGUGGGACUUCGUAUUCUAUAUGACCGGUACCGGUCGCCAGUUUAAGAAAGACUGCGAUUUCGUGCAUUCUGUGGCGGAGAAAGUCAUAGACAAGAGGAAAGAGACUUUAGUAAGGGCCGCUAUCGUUACGGAGAAGCGUUUCGUCGACUUCUUGGAUAUUUUGUUGACGGCACGGGAUGAGACGUGGAACGGACUUACGCGCAUCGAGAUCAGAGACGAAGUCGACACCUUCCUGGUCGAAGUUUCUAUCCAGGCGGAGCUCAGGAUGCUUCUAUGGUAA